UUGGGCUGUAGAGAGGAUCCCUCCGAGGUCCUCCGGCUGCCGUGGCUGGGCUAAGGGGGGAGGCGGACGCGGUGCCCUGAGGCUGUCAGCCCUGCGCAGGAGCGGAGCGGAGGGCUGGGUCCCGGCUCGGAGCGUUUGCCCCCGCGGUGUCAGCGGGGACGGCGGCUGGGCUCCGGGAUUCCGUCAACGGGACGGUGCCUCGGUGCAACAGUUCCCGUGCUUCGGAGAGCUUGGCUCGCCUGCCAGCAUGGUGGAACACGCUGAGUUUGCCAAGGCUGGGAAGGAGCCUGGCCUGCAGAUCUGGAGGGUUGAGAAGUUUGAUUUGGUACCAGUGCCAAAAAAUCUGUAUGGAGACUUCUUCACAGGAGAUUCCUACCUGGUGCUGAACACCAUCAAACAGCGGAGUGGGAACCUCCAGUACGACCUGCACUUCUGGUUAGGAGAUGAAAGCUCUCAAGAUGAGCGUGGAGCAGCUGCCAUAUUCACUGUGCAGAUGGAUGACUACCUUAAUGGAAAGGCUGUUCAACAUCGGGAAGUGCAAGGCCACGAGUCCUCAACUUUCCUGGGGUACUUCAAGUCUGGCAUCAAGUACAAGGCUGGUGGUGUAGCUUCUGGCUUCAGACACGUGGUUCCCAAUGAAGUGACUGUGCAGAGGCUCCUGCAGGUCAAGGGCAGGCGAGCAGUCCGAGCAACAGAGGUCCCUGUGACCUGGGAGAGCUUCAACACAGGGGACUGUUUCAUCCUUGACCUCGGCAGUAACAUCUUUCAGUGGUGUGGCUCCGGCAGCAACCGCCAGGAACGGCUGAAGGCCACUGUGCUGGCCAAGGGGAUUCGGGACAAUGAGCGGAAUGGUCGUGCCAAGGUCUAUGUUUCAGAGGAAGGAUCAGAGCGGGAGGAAAUGCUUCAGGUUCUGGGACCAAAACCCACUUUGCCAGCAGGAACUUCCGAUGAUGCCAAAAUUGAUACAGCCAACAGAAAGCUGGCUAAGCUCUACAAGGUCUCCAAUGGGGCUGGGAACAUGGCAGUCUCCCUGGUGGCAGAUGAGAACCCCUUCUCCCAGGCAGCCCUGAACACAGAUGACUGCUUCAUUCUGGACCAUGGCACAGAUGGAAAGAUCUUCGUUUGGAAAGGCAAGAGUGCCAACUCUGAAGAGAAGAAGGCAGCGCUGAAAACAGCUUCUGAGUUCAUUGAUAAGAUGGGUUACCCGAAACACACCCAGAUCCAAGUCCUCCCUGAGAGUGGUGAGACACCUCUGUUUAAGCAAUUCUUCAAGAACUGGAGGGACAAGGACCAGACAGAAGGACUGGGACAGGCUUAUGUGUCUGGUCAUGUUGCCAAGAUCGAGAAGGUACCUUUUGAUGCUGCCACUCUGCACACCUCCAAGGCCAUGGCUGCCCAGCACGGGAUGGAGGAUGAUGGCUCAGGCAGGAAACAGAUUUGGAGAAUAGAAGGCUCAGAGAAGGUGCCAGUGGAUCCUUCGACCUAUGGCCAGUUCUAUGGAGGGGACAGCUACAUCAUCCUGUACAACUACCAGCACGCUGGGAAACAGGGACAGAUCAUUUACACUUGGCAAGGUGCUGAUUCCACUCAAGAUGAAAUUGCAACCUCUGCAUUCCUCACAGUGCAGCUGGAUGAGGAGCUGGGAGGCAGCCCUGUGCAGAAACGAGUGGUGCAAGGAAAAGAGCCACCUCACCUGAUGAGUAUGUUUGGUGGAAAACCCUUGAUUGUGUACAAGGGUGGAACCUCAAGGGCAGGAGGCCAGACAGCACCUGCGGAAACACGGCUCUUCCAGGUCCGAUCCAGCACCUCAGGAGCUACCAGAGCAGUAGAGCUGGAUCCUGCUGCCAGUCAGCUGAAUUCCAAUGAUGCCUUCGUCCUGAAAACUCCCUCAGCUGCUUACCUCUGGGUUGGCCAAGGAGCCAGUGAUGCUGAGAAAUCAGGAGCACAGGAGCUACUGAAGAUACUGGGAGCUCGCCCAGUACAGGUUGCUGAGGGCAGAGAGCCAGCUAAUUUCUGGGCAGCUUUGGGUGGAAAAGCUCCUUACCGUACCUCUCCCCGGCUGAAGGACAAGAAGAUGGAUGCUCAUCCCCCUCGUCUCUUUGCAUGCUCCAACAAGAGUGGACGCUUCACAAUUGAAGAAGUUCCUGGAGAUCUGGUUCAGGAUGACCUCGCUACAGAUGAUGUUAUGCUCCUUGACACAUGGGACCAGGUCUUUGUAUGGAUUGGGAAAGAUGCCCAAGAAGAAGAGAAAACCGAGGCGUUGAAAUCUGCCAAGCGGUACAUUGAAACCGACCCAGCCAGCCGGGACAAGAGAACCCCAGUCACCGUGGUGAAGCAAGGGUUUGAGCCACCAACCUUCUCCGGCUGGUUCCUGGGCUGGGAUGAUGACUACUGGGCUGUGGAUCCUCUCCAGAGAGCAAUGGCAGACGUGGAUGUCUAAAGUAACAGGUUUCUUUUUCUUAAGUGGAACAAGUUUGGUGCCUUCAAGAGCCCUGUCCUCCUGCAGGCUGCAUGUGAACAGGCAAUGCUGUUAAUAGCUGAUUAGCUGUGCAAUAAUUACCAGAACCAAUCAUGACCAGUCACUGACCCUCCUCCUUGCUUUGAUAUAUUUAAUACAAUAAAGCUUGUGUGGAAUAUGUGAAAAAUGGAAAGGGUGGGGUUUGUUAUGAAGAAAACAUUAAACAGAACCUGUAGAUCUCA